CUUUAACUAAUAUAAUGAUGAUUAUAAGGAUGAAUAUCUUAUAAAAUUUUAGAAUAUCCCAUUCGCAAAACUUGGACUUGUAACAAAAAUGAAAAUUUUCGAAGCUAAAAAUGGUGUGUGUGGACACUACAACGUGGGUAGCGGCACUCUUGUUUAUUUAAUCCUACACCCACAUAUUUUCCGAAGCCUUAAGGCUUAGUGUCCACACGUAACAGAUAGCGUCAACAACAAACCCGUGUCCCGAAGGGGAAGUGUUGGCCGGAGAGUGCAAAAAGCGAGUGACCCUAGCACUGCUCUAAUUGGAAAUCCGAAAUUGUAACGGGGGAAUGAAAGGAGAAGUCAGGACCAGCGGUAAUGUUAUGCACCCUGCGGCAGAAUAUUACCGCGCAUGUUAGUACUUUUCCUAGGGGCUUAAGCCCAAGUAGCAGCCCACAUGUGAAUGGUUUUCGGCUGUGGUAAAUGGGGCCCAACAAAAGGCUUUAUCUAGGCCGGCCUGAUAAGGUGAAUUUCGAAUUUUGUCCUGGAGUGAAUCAGGAGUCUGCAUCAGAUGGCGCUAUUAUUCCGCAUGGUAGUGAGCUGUGCUGAUGUUCUGCCCUCAGGAAACGAGCACUAUCAAGGAAAAUAAAGAUUUUUUUUUUCA